GUGCCCCUCGGCCGGGCAGCUUGUUUGGAUGCUGCCGUCACAUCAUGGCGACGCGCGGAGCGGAGGCAGCGCGCGGAGGAGGCAGCAGCAGCGGCGGCACCGCGGCGGCGCCACGGGCUCGGCGCCACAGCGGCGAGGAGGAGGACGAGGAGGUGGCGGCGGCCCCGAGCGGCAGCCCGCAGUUGGUUGGUGGUGCAAUGGAAGAAGCUGCAUCUCAAGAGAUGGGAAUGAAUAACCAGGAUCAGCUGGUGAACAGCAGGUGCAAUGAAUUGUCCGAUACAGCGUUGCAGCAUGCACAUUCCAACUGUUGUAGCCUGGAAAAUAUGGGUGCAUUGGAAGAAGCUGAAUAUAUCACAAAGCACAGAACGCACCCAGGGUCCAUGUGCUGCUCUCAAGAGUCUCGUGAAGAGACUCCUGGGAGAGAAGCCCGUACUGAUCCACCUGAUGGCCAACAAGAUCCAGAGAGUGAGAAACACAAAGAGAAAACUUUGGGAAAAGAAGUUCUGUUAUUAAUGCAAGCCUUGAACACGCUUUCUACUCCAGAGGAAAAGCUGGCAGCUUUGUGCAAGAAGUACGCUGAUCUGUUGGAGGAGAGCCGGAAUGUUCAAAAGCAGAUGAAGAUACUGCAGAAGAAGCAAGCACAGGUUGUGAAGGAGAAAGUCCACUUGCAGAGUGAGCAUAGCAAGGCCAUUUUGGCACGUAGCAAACUGGAAUCUCUCUGUCGGGAGCUUCAGCGUCAUAACAAGACUUUGAAGGAAGGAAACAUUCAGCUAGCGCGUGAUGAAGAAGAGAAACGGAAAGAAGCAACUGCACAUUUCCAGAUUACGCUGAAUGAAAUAGAGGCUCAACUGGAACAACAUGGUAUCCAUAAUGCCAAGCUCCGUCAGGAGAACAUUGAACUGGGGGAAAAGCUGAAGAAACUCAUUGAGCAGUAUGCACUGCGAGAAGAGCAUAUUGAUAAAGUGUUCAAACAUAAAGAACUACAGCAGCAACUUGUGGAUGCCAAACUUCAGCAAACUACCCAGCUUAUUAAAGAAGCAGAAGAAAAACAUCAGCGAGAAAGAGAGUUUCUGCUAAAAGAAGCUACUGAAUCCAGACACAAAUGUGAACAGAUGAAGCAACAGGAAGCUCAGCUGAAGCAGCAGCUCUCUCUUUAUAUGGAUAAAUUUGAAGAAUUCCAGACUACCAUGGCAAAAAGUAAUGAACUCUUUACAACCUUCAGGCAAGAAAUGGAGAAGAUGACGAAGAAGAUUAAGAAACUGGAAAAGGAAACCAUAGUGUGGCGUACGAAAUGGGAAAACAACAACAAGGCUCUUCUGCAAAUGGCUGAAGAGAAAACAGUAAGAGAUAAAGAAUACAAGGGCUUUCAAAUAAAACUGGAGCGUUUGGAGAAGCUAUGCAGGGCCCUUCAGACAGAAAGGAACGAGCUGAAUGAGAAGGUGGAAGUCCUUAAGGAGCAGGUUUCUCUCAGAGAAGCAGAUGUGGAUCUAGCUGUGCAAGUGUUGCAGUCCUGCACACUCAAUUCCCAUGAGGAGCUGGGAACUCCUACUGACAUGGAACCAGGAAUCCAACCUGAUGUGGAAUCGUGUGCGGCAAAUAGUUCUGAAAAGACUGUCUCAGCAAGUCCUGUUCCUAGCACUGAAUCUGUAGACUAAAAUGAAGUGUAAACACUGUAUUGAGAGAUAUAUUUUGUGUAUAACUUUCUCUGUUGGUGGUAACUAUUUGGUUUUGUGGUGAAAUUUUCUUACUUUUUCUACCAUAUCUGUAUUUUCUUAGAACUACUGGACUUAUGUGGUACAGGAAGCUGCAUAGCAGCUUUAAAUAGCUUAAACUAUAAAUUUUCCACAACUGUGUUGCACAUCUGCCUCAUUUUUUAAAAGAAAAUAUUUUUCCAUAAAAGGAUGCAUGUGCGUUUCCUCCCCACAACACAUCACUGUCAUGGAGGACCGUGUACAGAUAUAACAUCGUUCUGGGGAAAAUAGUGACAGUGUGUCACUUCUUUUUGGUUUAAAGAACAGCAUUCUGGUUUUGUUCAUUGAUUUGCCACUCAGUAUACUAAAGAUUACCAAUUUUCCCAGUAAAUUUAUCUACACAAGGGUGUCUAAUGGCCAGUAAAAAUGUCAGCUUUCCCCUCUAGUAUGUUUUCAUAUAUAUGAAUGAAAAAGUAAAGGUUUAGAAUACAGUAAAAAAUACAUUUAAAGGGUUUUAUGUCCUUUGUGGUAUGAAAAAAACAGCUUUGAAAUACAUAAAGUUGCAGCUGGUGAAACAGGGUGUACAACUUUUUGCAGAUUUCUCAGGGUUGUGUUGUAAAGGUUAGUUUGGACUAUUUGCCCUACCUGUGAACGUGCUAAAUAUAAAUGUGUGAGAAAAUGUACAGCAGCGUUACUGAGUGGAAUUUUGCAGAUGUGUAGCCUAUUGCACAGGCGUUGGUCAUGUUCAUCCCUCUUAGCUGCAGUGUGUCCAUUGCAUGGUUAUCCUGACUACAGAAGUCCACUACUGUCUAGACAAAUCUCUGGAUUAUCUGAAGGGCUGGGAAAAUAGACAUUCACUGCCGGAGGUAUGGAAGACAUGAGUCUGUGGCAUAUAGACUUUCUCUGACAGCCUUGUAUGCAAUGUAUGUAAGCAUUAGUCAAUUGAACACACAGAUUCAAAUACUUUCCCUGGAGUACAAUGUGGAGUUUCUUGCACACUCAGCCUCGAAGCUGUACCAGUUGGCAGAGUGCCUUCCCAGUUAGGUUAUCUGGUAAAGAUGGUACUUCAAAUUUUUACACUGACUACCACACACAGAGUUUCAUUAUUAACCUUAAAACAUGUAGUCUUUUCCUAGAAAAUUUGCUAUUCAUAUUUUGACUUCCUUUUCUGAGAGAAACUAGGACCAACGUGUAUUUUAUGGCAAGACAAGGUGUGAAAUAACUACAAGCUACCCUUAACUGUAGUUCCCAUGUAUUUACUUUCUAGUUUUGGUUGUUGUCAUUUUAAGAAACACGAACACGUGGUAGCCUUUUCUGGUACUUAAAAGUUCUUUGCACUUACUUGGGAAGGAUUUCUGGAAUCAAGCACAUCUCUAAUGAGCUUCCCACCCUCACUGCCCUUGACAGUUUAGUAGCUAAAUUACUUGAAUGUUCAGGCUGCGCUGAGCUCCUGAUCCUUUGCCUGCAGUAGUGUACAUUGAUAAUACGUAGCUGUCUGU